AUGGAGCAAGAUACACAAGGUCAGGGACAAAAGACUCUGCGAUCUUCUGAUAUGGAUCCUAUUGAGUUUGACCCUCAAGUCGUGGGCAGCGUGUACGAUGAAGAUGAGUCCAUGGAUAGUAGUAGUCGCAAUUCAACAGCAUCUAUAAUAUCCAGCAUCUUUGAGUAUAGACAUAUCAACGGUCGACCCUUCCAACAGUCCGAGACCACCGAAUAUUGGGCGCCCACGGAUGACCACUUCCAAGAAGGACAAGAUAUAUUGCAUCACUGCACUCUACUUCUCCUGGACAACCAACUUCAUCAGUCUCCCAUCGACGAGAACCCCCAGAAAAUUCUCGAUGUUGGCACAGGUACUGGGAUGUGGGCUAUUGACAUGGCAGACGAGUACCCUUCCGCCGAAGUAAUCGGCAUCGAUAUCUCAGCGGUUCAGCCAGCCUUCAUACCGCCAAACUGCAUGUUCCAGAUUGACGACGCUCAACUUGACUGGACGUUUGAGCCGAAUCACUUCGACUUUAUUCAUCUCCGCUAUCUCUACGGUGCCAUUGACGACUGGCAGAAGCUCUUUCAUCAAGCUUACACCCACGUGCGGCCAGGCGGUUGGGUCGAAAGCCUCGAAAUCGAUAUCGAAACACGCAGCGAGAAUCCUGAAGUACAUAACAACAAGGAUCAUGUGUUCCGAAACUGGUAUCAGCUCUUCUUCGAAUGCGGUCGCAAGACUGGUCGAACUUUUGAGAUUGCUAGAGAUGGGCGCCAGGAAGAAUACAUGCGAAAAGCAGGCUUUACAGAUCUGGUGUCUAAGUCAUGGAAAGUCCCCAUCGGAGGCUGGGCGCAGGACAAGAAGCUCAAGCAAGUUGGUUUAUAUAAUGGUGCUUUCAUUGAGCAAUCCAUCGAUGGUUUUGCUGUCUUUCCGAUCGGCGAGAUAUUGGGUUGGCCGGUUGAGGAAGUCACUACUCUGGUCAAUGAGAUGAGAAGAGCAUUUAGAGACCCUAGAUCUCUGCCCUAUUUCAUUGUGCAUAUGGUUUAUGGUCGAAAGCCCGAGGUGGGGAAUUUUUGA